AGUGUUCUCCGGGCGAGCGCACAGUCAACUACAACUUGUCAUCCGCAGCAGAGCGUAUCAGGUUUCUACAGGACGGUGAGAGUCACACACGCCCCUUACUGAAUAGCUGGAGAUUAGAGCAGCGCAACUGUCCUUCAGUGUUCAGCCCAGGAAGUGGCGCUUUGGAUAAACAGGGGUGAUGCAGGUAUCCGGGGUGGAUGCAGCUCUUUUGCGUGUUUACACUUUGAACACAGUGGCGACAAAACAACGAACCAGACGCAUCAGGACAGUGUUUUCACCAUGAGGUGAUCACUCUAUCAGCCCGUUUUGUCCGUCCACUUCUCCCCCCCCCCCCCUGCAGACAUGGGGUUAUGUGACAGUGUGAGGUUUUGGAGGUGGCAGCAUGGCAGCGCUGGAGCAUUCAGGGCUGGAGUUGGUGUGUUGCUGCUGGGCCUCAGUCUGGCUCAGUCCAUCCCUUCUCAGGCUGUUUGUCGAGCAGUCGCGACCCAGCAGAACCUAACUGAGUACGAGUACCAGGGACCAGAGGACACAGAGGAGACACCUAACAGCGGCUUCCUGUCAGCUUUUGUCCAGUCUUUCCUCCACACAGUGCAGCCCAACCCCCUCCCUAAAGAUCUUAUCCUAGAGUUGGUUCAGGAUGUGAACAAAGUGCUCUCAAAUCAAGACCUUGUCAAAGAAGUCCUGGUGUAUGAAGUUGGAUUCCUGGUGUGUGCAGCCAUCGGCGUGCUGUAUAUCGUCCUCAUGCCCCUAGUGGGUUUCUUCCUGGCGUGCUGUCGCUGCUGUGGAAACUGUGGAGGGAAGAUGUACCAGAAGCAGUCGUCCUCCAUCCACUGUCGCAGGAGGACUCUCUACUGGAGCACGUUCAUCACCACAGCCAUUAUCCUUGCCGGGAAUAUCUGCAUGUUUAAAAGUAAUGAAGCCCUGAAAGUCACUGUGGACCAGACCUCAGAGGGGCUCAGCGAAACUUUCGACCACAUCAACGCCUUCCUCACUGCUGUGCCUCAGGAAGUGAACCAUGUGGUGAAUGAAAGCUACAAAACCAUACAGGAGGUGACCCGGAACCUUGAAACUAUUGGACCCCAGCUGGGAGCAGAGAUCCAGGAGCAGUUCAGAGACACUCUGUGGCCUGCGCUUGACGCAGUUCGACUCCUGGAUGAAGAUACUAACAACACCAGUGACCAACUGAACAAGCUGAACACAUCUUUGUCUGAGCUGCAGUCCAGCGUGGAGCGCCUCCAGGCCAAUGUCACUGCUGUUAGAAAUCGCAUCAAUCAGACUUUAUCCAACCCAGACUGCAGCGGCUGUGACACACUGCUGUCGGAGCUGCAGAAACUUGAUACACUGGACAGCGCCAUCACUAUUCCUAACUUGAAGGAGCUCCAGUCUGCAGUGGAUGAAGUCAUCAAAAUUAAUCUCUCGUCCAGAGUGAAGGAGGUGGAGGAUUAUUUUAACAGCAUCCCUCAGAGAGUGACAGAUGACACCAGUGAUGUUGUUAAAAGCAGCAAGCGGCUGUUGAAUGACAUAGAAGCUCAGAUCUCAAAGCUCAGCGAUGACAUCCCUCUGUCCACUCUGAACAACAUCACGGACACUCUGGUCAAGCUGAAGAGAGACAUCGUAAAGUUCACACCAGAAUUAGAGCGAGGAGAGCAGAUCAGAUGGAGUGUGUGUGUGGCCCUGUGCUGUGUGGUCCUCUUGGUGGUGGUGUGCAACUUCCUGGGUCUGAUCCUCGGCCCUCUGGGUCUGAAACCCAAAGCAGAUCCUACGAAACGUUCCUGUAUGGCGGAUUGCGGUGGAACCUUCCUCAUGAUGGGUGCAGGUUUCAGCUUCCUCUUCUCCUGGCUGUUCAUGAUCCUGGUGCUGGUGCUGUUCCUGCUUGGUGGGAACGUUUACACUCUAGUCUGUCGGCCCUGGGACAACGGACAGCUGCUAAAGCUCAUGGAUACUCCAGGUUUAAUUCCAGGGUUUGAGCUUGGUCCUAGUUUGGGACUGAAAUCUGAAAUCAAUAUCUCAGAUGUCUACAAAGCCUGUGAGGAAAACAAGCCUCUGUGGACAACACUCCACCUGAAUGAGAUCAUAGACCUUGAAGACCUGCUCAACGUGUCUAAAUACACGGAUCAGAUCCAGAGUUUUUUUGACAGUGCAGACAUCGGCCUGUCCACCAUCACUCUCCUGAGCCCUGAAGUUAAAGACCAGCUCGGCAGCUUCUCCACCAAAUCUAAAGAUGUUGACUCCAUUGACAUCACGCCUCAGAUUAACAAUGUUUCCAGCAUCAAUCUGAACACUACGGCGGACAAACUUGACCAGCUUGCCAACCUUCAAUCAAAUAAUAAUAUUAAAAAAGAGCUUCAAGAUCAAUCCAGAGACCUGAGGCAGAUCCAGGCCGACAUAGACACAAUCAUCAUCCCUCAAAUGGAAAACGUCAACACAUCCAUCGCUGGCCUUCAAUCCCUCGCAGAAAAAAUCAAUGGAACGGUGGGGGAGGUGCUGAGCAAAGUGGGAGAAGCACAAGACUUCCUCAACACAAAUACGACACAGAUCGUCAAGACCGAGAGCCAAAAGUUUGUGGACUGUCAGCUGGGUUACUUCAUAGUUUAUGCUGACUGGGCCAACCUCACGAUCACACUGCAUGUGGGUCGCUGUGGGCCGGUGGCUGAUGCUGUGGACUUUGCUGAGACUCUCAUCUGCCUGGACGUGGUGGAGUCUCUGAAUGCGUUCUGGUUCAGUCUGGGUUGGUGCAUGAUCUUCUUCGUCCCCAGCAUCAUCCUCUCUAUCAAACUAGCAAAGUACUACAGGAAAAUGAAGUACUCGGAUAUCUUUGAGUGAGCAGCACAAACAAACAUGCAUCAAAUACCAGAGAGAGGACUUAACCAUGAGCCACAUCCCACGGGCCCACUUGAAAUCCCCCUGAGAGGAUGGUGUUUGUGCCAAACAGCUUUAAAGACUGCAGGCACAAAUGUGACAUAACUCAACAACAAAAAACACAGUGCACUCCUGCAAAGAUGUGGCACAUUGUCACUCUGGUGGAAAAAUAUCACACUGAAAAAGUCCUGCAAUACAUUUCAACAGUACAGAAAACCACACACAGAACAUUUGAACUGACCUCAGGUGGACACAGGGUUUAAGGGACUCUGCAGGGAUUUUUUCAUCACUUUGAAAAGUAUUUCAAUAAGAUACAUUUAUUUUAGUUUUCAGUUAUUUGUAUGUAUUUAAUGUUGACCUGAGCUGCUGCUGGAAUCUAAGAACUCUGCUCCCCAUUUCUAAACUGUAAAGCUGAUUCGGAGGGGAAUCGAUCAUAAUAAUGCAGUUAUGUAAAGUCACGUUGGGUUGCAGUGCUCUCAGAAACAGCAGCAGUGUGUAUCUGUGCCAACAGGCAUUUGCCUUUGUCUGUUCAUUGCUGUGAUUUAAUAACAUGUUCUGGGUGGGAACACUUUUUGAUUACUUCUUUACUUGCACUAUAUUGAAAAUCAAAGCACAGAUCUUUGCACGAAUCAUGUAAUGAUACACCUUUUGUGAAUGGUACAACUGACAUCAUCAGGUCACCACCGUCUACAAACCAGACAAUGUGACUCUGAAGAGUUUAAUGAAUUAUUGCUUUAAAAUAUGUUUCUGUAAAUAAGGAUUUUGACUGACUACAAAUGAUUCUUAAAUGAUUAUUUUUAUACUGUGAUCUUCUACAAACUCUGUGGUAGAUUGUGUUUUAUCUCUCUGUUACACAGCACUUUAUUUGGUCUGUUUGUUUCAUGCGAUCAGGAGGUUGUGAACAUUUCUUUUCGCUGUUGUGAAAACUACUGUAAGUAAAAAGCUAUCACUGAUCAGCA